CCGAUGCCUUCAAUGAGACCAGGUUCCUCACCUUCAGCAUGCUGCUCUUCUGCAGCGUCUGGACAGCCUUCCUGCCCCUGUACCACAGUGCACGGGGCAAGGCCACGGCAGCUGUGGAGGUCUUCUCCAUCCUGGCCUCCACUGCAGGACUGCUGGGUGGCAUCUUCCUCCCCAAGUGCUACCUCAUCCUGCUGAAACCUGAGCAGAACACCCUGUCCAGGCGGAGGAUAGGUCACCAUGCUCAGUGUGCUCCAGUUUCUCACAGAAACAUUUACCCCUAGGUGCCUAGCACAGUUCCCUUGAGCCAGUCCAUGACGAUAGCACGAGGACCCUAGGACUGAGCUCAUGGUUUCCGUGUGGGUUUAUAGAGAGCUAUUGAGCGGAUCAGUCUUCUAGGGCAAGAUAGUGAACAACAACAAAGCUGGAUGUGUGUGUGACCUCUGGCUGCUUUUUUUGUUUUGUAUUUAUACAAGUAAAAAUGUUAGAGAAAGGCAAAAAAAAUACUCAUGACAGCGAUGAUGAUUUGAAGAAAAAUGUGGUGAGCAGGUAGAAAGUUGAAACACUCUUUCACUCCUGUGGGGUUGGAUAAUGCACCAAGAAGAUUAGGGGUUAAUCAGAAGAUUAACCCUAGCCCUAAUGUAUAACCAGCAGUUCUACUCAUAAAUACUCAAGAGAAAUAUGUAUCCAGUAGUGGAAAUGAAUGUUCAUAAAAGCAUGUAUAAGCCAAAAUGUCCCUCAGCCCGUGAGUGGAUAAACACGUAUGAACUGUUCAUAAUGAAAUGUUUGGCAAGAAGAGGGAAUGAAGGACUAAUAUAUGGCACAACAUAGACGAACCUUGAAAACAUUAUGCUGAUUGAAGGAAGCCAGAAAGGAAUGACACCAUAUGGUACGAGAUUCCGAUGCUAUGAAGUGUCCCAGGAUAGGCAGAUCCAGGGAACAGAUUAUAGAGUAGUGCUUUCCUGGUGAUGGAGGCUGGAGACCCGAUGUUGGGGUGAUAACUAAGAGAAGCAUUUGUUUACAGGGAAAUGAAUUUCUAAAAUUUACUUUGGUGAUUGUUGCCCAAUUGUGUAUAGGUAGUCAAAAAUAUUAAAUGGCUACAUUAAGUGGA